UCUUGUCAGAACUCUCCACAAUAAUAAUAUUCCAACUACAUCGCUUUUGCUUCCCCUGAACUGGCGUAAACCAAAGCCCUCUGGCUUUGGUCCUUCGCUAGGGUUCGGGGAUUCACCAUUUCCAAUGAUCUUCUUCUCUCGGUUCUACACUUCUCAACUUCAGAGGGAAAUUCAAUGCAGCUGUUUCUGAGGAGUUUCAAGUGAUUUCUGUGGUUCUGGUUCGGUUUAUUGAGGAUCUUGAGGGGGCUUUUGCGGAAGGCUGUGACUCUGUGACAAUGCCUUCUACAGAAAAUCAGGGCUUUUCGUUGUCCUUUUCCUCGUUUGGCCGUUCCAUAUUUGGUGUCGGGCAGGAGCAGGUUCAUUCUGUGGAAGCAAGUAAUGAAUCUGAUUCCUGUAAUUUAGAGCUCGGGUCAUUCCAAAAGCGUGUUACCGAUCGAUUUCAAGACCUUUCUGUGGCUAGUGAUGAGCAAUUUCUCUCAAUUGAUUGGAUUCAGAAGCUCCUCGGAGCAUUUAUCUGCUGCCAAGAGGAAUUCAGAGCCAUCCUGUUGAAUAACAAAGAGCAGGUCACAAAACCCCCCCUUGAUCGCAUGAUUUCUGAAUUCUUUGAGAGGUCAGUGAAGGCGCUUGACAUUUGUAAUGCUAGCCGAGAUGGGAUUGAGAAGAUUCGCACAUGGCAAAAGCAUCUGGAAAUUGUGUUUUGUGCCUUGGGUUCGAGUAAGAGAGCGUUAACUGAAGGCCAUUUCCGGAGGGCAAGAAAGGCACUGAUGGAUUUAGCAUUGGCAAUGCUUGAUGAAAAAGAGUCUGGAUCAGUUUUUUCUCAGCGUAAUAGGUCUUUUGGGCGACAUAACUCUGGCAAGGAUCAUCACUCCUCAUCAGGGCAUUCAAGAUCGCAUUCGUGGAGUGUCUCUCGUUCCUGGUCUGCAGCCAAGCAACUACAAUCCAUUGCGAAUAACCUUGUUCCACCCCGUGCUACUGAGGUUGCUGCAACAAGUGGGCUUGCGACUCCUGUUUAUACAAUGAACUGUAUUCUCCUGAUAGUUUUGUGGACCCUUGUUGCAGCCAUUCCUUGUCAGGAUAGGGGUCUAAACAUUCAUUUUUCAGUCCCACGGCAAUUAUCCUGGAGCACUCCGGUUACCUCACUUCAUGAACGAAUCACGGAAGAGUCAAAGAAGCGAGAGCGCCGAAACUCAAAUGGUUUGUUGAAGGAGAUAUAUCAAGUUGAGAUAAGCAGCCGCCGCUUGACCGACCUGAUAGAUUCAGCUCAGUUUCCGUUGGCAGAUGACCAGAAAACAGAAGUUGAGCGCAAUGUGAUGGAGCUGAUGCGUGUUUGUGAAGCUUUCAGAAAUGGAUCGGAUCCGUUGGAGCGCCAAGUGAGGGAGGUCUUCCAGAAGAUAAUGGCAUGUCGAACUGAGGGGCUCGAUUAUCUUGGCACGCCAAGCCAUACAGAGCAAUGAAAAUGGUGGGUUGUUGAUGAGCUAUCAGAUGUACAAAUUUGCGGAACUGUGUACAUUUUACAUCUUACCAUCUUUUUCUGAGGAGUGACUCGGCAAGAUAAGCAGACAAAUCUUUUAGGACUCUUGUGAUGCGUUGUAUUAAAUUAUUAAUCUCAGUACUUGUGUAAAAAAAAAAAAAAAGAAUGGUCAGGUUACGUGUUAAAUAGUUCAUAGUUUCUUUGCUUUAUUAUAUAAAAUGGCGUUUUUGUUGCACAUGUAUGAGGUAAUUUUUAAGGCAGCAGGCAGAACUUCAAUUAGAAGGAAAUUGUAUUAUGCCUUGGAAGUAUGUCUUUUCGUGUUGUUGAUCAAAACUAGAAGGGAACUUGGACGUGGGGAUGCUAAUGAAGGGAUUUAGAUGGUUUGUAUGAGUUA